GCUUCUUUUUUACUUUCUCUCUUGCUCAAUUACAAUCCAAAUAUUCUGCUUAAAAUCGCCACGUUAUCGCCAUCAGAAGGGAAUUAUUGCGCGCCUGGUGCUUCUCCGGUAGCUUGGAUAUUGUGUUCUUCGCCAAUCGAGAAAUCUUCUUGGCGCACGGACAAGACCCCGUCGAUCGCGAACAGAGCACGCAACAGCACAUAUCGCAGCAUAGAAUCCACUCUUCUCGCCGCUGGGUCCAGGGAUAUCAUCUAGAUACUACUACUCAAAGCCGAAUCCCGGAAACUUAUCUCAGACUCAAUCGACACAAUUCAGCAUCGCGGAGUCGAGGCAUCUCACCGCCACAAUGUCCAACCUCUUCAAGAUUGCCCUGCGCGGCAUCGCGCUCGUCUGGACGCUGCUCAUCACGGCCCUCAUCGGAAAUGUCAUCGCCUCCAACGUCAACGGCCACAUGGUCACGGUCAACUUCACAAUGUUCGUCGCCGCUCUCUCAUGGGUUGCGCUCCUCUACGGUCUGUUCGCAAUCUUCAUCGAGAGCAUCGCCGUGCCCUCGGCGCUCCUCAUCCUCGACGGCCUGGCCACCUUGUUCACCUUUAUCUGCGCCAUUGUGUUGGCCGCUGAGCUGCGCGCGCCCAACUGCGGCAACAUUUCUGGCCAGCACUUGCCCAGCGACUGGAUCGGCUUUGGCUCUCACCACGACGAGAGGAGGUGCCGCGAGAUCCAGGCCAGCACUGCCUUUAUGUGGUUCCUCUGGGCUUGUUUCUCGCUGAUCCUCUUCAUCACCUGGAGGGAUGCCAGGAGCAGCGGCUUCACCGGCUCCAUGCGAACUUCCCGAUCUUCGCGCUCUUCUCGACCUGCCAUGUCUCAGGUUGGGGUCUAAGUGCGCUUAUCGUGAGACUCUAGCUCAGGUUUUCUCUGAGCUCUCGCUCUUUCACGUGAGGGCAGUACUGUUGUCGAGCGACAGUAGCCCGUCCCUGGUGGAUUGCAUCUAGCCGACAAUUGAGCUAGGUUUAAUGUGAAGACGUUUUUUUGGGUACUGGCAAUCAGGGAUAGCUUUGUUUCACGACAAGCGGUGAUGUCUACGGACGACGCGCAUUGAAGCGCCCAUGCUGUACGAAGUGACGGUGUAAAGCCACAUACAUUUACGAGGUGACGAGAUUGGGUACUGGGUUGACUGGAUGGAUCCAUUGGUCUCGCCAUAGCUUGGCAGGAAGGGACAAAGUUAUGAAAAUG